UGUUUAGUUUUUUUCCCAAAAAAUAAAAUAAAAAUAAAAAAUAAAAUAAAGCACCAAACUCAAAAAACAUAUCACAAACAAAAAUGGCGGUCUCCUUCUCCUCCGUCCCCCACCCAUCCUCCGUCUUCGCCGCGUACGCCUCCAUCUCCGCCUUCAUCGUCCUCGUCCAGACAAUGCUCAACCAGCUCCUCCCCCGCCAGCUCCGCUCCUACCUCUCCGACACCCUCCGCCGCUACCUCCUCCGCCCCCGCCACAGCCGCGCCACCCUCGUCGUCGAGGAGCGCGACGGCAUCUCCUUCAACGAGCUCUUCUCCUCCGCCGAGACCUACCUCUGCACCAAAAAGCUCCGCCCCAACGUCGACCGCCUCAAAAUCACCAAACGCCCAAAUCACCCAACCCUCACCCUCCGAUUCGCCCAAUCCGAACUCAUCCCCGACCAAUUCCACGACAUCGACCUCCACUGGCGCUUCGUCAACGCCGACCACCGCAACCACCACCACCCCUCCAAGUCCGCCGUCGACCACCACCACGAAGAUUCGUCGGAGAAGAGGUUUUUCGAGCUCUGUUUCGACAAAAGGCACAAGGAAAGAGUCCUCGAUUCAUACAUCCCGUUCGUGAUGGCCGCUGCAAAAUCAAUCGCCGAACAGAACAAGGUGGUGAAGCUCCACACGCUGGCCUGCGCGUCAACCUACGCGUCCUGGGUCUCGGUCAACCUCGAGCACCCGUCGACCUUCAACACGCUGGCAAUCGAGCCCCGAUUGAAAAAAUCCAUCAUCGAGGACCUCGACAGGUUCGUGAGGAGGAAGGAUUUCUACAGGAAAGUGGGCCGGGUCUGGAAGAGGGGUUACCUGCUUUACGGGCCGCCGGGGACUGGGAAAUCGAGCCUGAUAGCUGCGAUGGCGAACUAUCUCAGGUUUGAUAUUUAUGAUUUGGAGUUGACGAAUGUUAAGCGGGAUUCGGAUUUGAGGAGAUUGUUGCUGAGGACUGGGAAUCGGUCGAUACUUGUAAUUGAGGAUAUUGACUGUACGGUUGAGUUGCCGGAGAGGAAGGGUACUAAAGGGCCCGUCUCUGGUGACGGUCAGUGCUGCCCCUAUCCUCCUCGGGAUCAGCAGUUGACGCUUUCGGGCCUACUCAACUUCAUAGAUGGUCUCUGGUCAAGCUGUGGCGAUGAACGCAUCAUCAUAUUCACCACAAACAACAAGGACAAGCUGGACCCGGCCCUACUUCGUCCGGGCCGCAUGGACAUGCACAUCCACAUGUCCUAUCUCAAGCCCGAAGGCUUCAAGCUCCUGGCCCAGACUUACCUUGACGUCCCCAAACAUCACCCGAGCCUCACGGAAAUCGAGGCCGUGAUCAAGGACAUGAAUGUUACCCCAGCUGAGGUUGCUGAGGAACUCAUGAAGACUGACGAUGUUGAUGUCUGCCUUCGUGGGGUGCUCGAUUUCUUGCUUGACAAGAAAAGUAGUAAAAUCGAGAAUGGUGAACUCGGGCAAGACAAUUGACAAGUCCAAAAUUCUAUAGUUUGAUCUUGGGAUUUUGGAGAUUUUAGCUAGUAAUUUAGGGUUGGUUUCAAAUUUUCGGACUGUUUUUUUGCAAUAUGUUGUUGUUGACUGAUGGGUCCAGUUCAGAAGUGUAAUUUGACUGUGUUGAUUUAAUUAAUGUUUUAUUUUAUCAUAUAAUGUAUGAUAUGAGGUGUGCAACAAAACUAGGAAAACUUUUUACAAAAAAACAUAUCUUUUUUCCUGUUUUUAUU